AUGGGCCCCUGUACCGCCUCCUCAUGCUGCUGCCAGGCCCCUAAUCUGCCAUGGGCCCCCGUACCGCCUCCUCAUGCUGCUGCCAGGCCCGUAAUCUGUCAUGGGCCCCUGUACCGCCUCCUCAUGCUGCUGCCAGGUCCAGAGUGUGUCAUGGGUCCCUGUACGGCCUCCCAUUGCUGCUGUCUCCAUCGCCACACUCUGCCAUGUGCCACUUUAAGGUCUCUCCUCACACUGCUGGUGGGUUCCAUUUUGUCAUAGGGUGCUGUAUGGCCUCCCAUUGCUGCUGCCUCCACCGCCACACUGUGGCUCCACACUCUGGUUUUGGCCCCGUGACUGCCCAAAUGAGUGAAGUGUGCGGUGAUUCUAAGAUCGACGGCACUCAUCUGCAUGUCAUACUGACUGACAGUAUUAUUUCUCUUCCCCAGCAGACUCCAAGGGCAUUUAAAUUAAAGGUACAGUGUUCUGCACUAAUAUAA